AUGAUAAACUUGCCUGAAAUAUUCCACUACAUGCAUCGUUUCGCUUAUAUACAGUUACAGAUACAAGAUUUGCAAAUGAAUCACACAACACUAAAAACGUGGUUAACACGCGGGGAACUUGAAAAACUUGAACAUGUAGUUCUAGAAGGUCGUGGCGCCCGAUUGCUGGGAGAAUACUCGCCUGAUGUAAAAGCAAGAGCUUUUUUACGAUCACUUCCUAAUUAUUUGACUAAAAUCAGCCAAGUACAUGACGCAGUAGUCCGAGGAUCGUUAGAAGACUUACAGAAAUUCUUGACUGAUGAACCAAAAAAAAAGUAUGCCUUUGCCAAAGAUCCUUCCGGGACACCAUUGCUUACCAAAGCGGUCUACUUCGGAAAACAGAACAUCGUAGAAUGGUUGAUUGCAAACUAUCCGAAUACUGUUGUUCAGAAAGACAGGGAAGGAAGAACCGCGCUUCAUUACUGCGGAAACUGCAAGGACCCAGAAGCGAUAUGGGAUUUGCUGGUUGAAGCUGGAUGCGACACUAGUAUCUGUGACAAAAGAGGCCGUCCUGCAUCUUAUUACCUCCGAAACCCCCAAGAAAUCGAGCUCACCGAACCAGACAAGAUGGACGACCACAAGUUUUCAAAAAGUGAAGUUCUAGAUGUCAAACCAUCGAACAUCAGAAUUUGGAUCCACAAUCGCGAUAUCAAAAAACUUCAGCAGGUUCUUUGGGAAGGACAUGGCUCUAAAUUGCAGUGUGAAAUCAGCAAUAAUCCUCGUAUCAAAAGAUUUUUAGAAGCCGUACCUUACAUAAUGGUGACGAUAAAACAAAUCCACCAGGCGGUGAUUAACAAUGACUUGAACACCCUGCAAGAUAAAAUCGCAGAACCAGUUUCUCCUGUAAUUCUUUGCGCCAAAGAUAGUAACGGACUCAAUCCUUUGCACAAGGCUGCCGGUCUAGGUUACAUAGACAUUGCGACAGAAAUUGUUGAAAAGUAUUCUCAGGCAGCUCUAGCUGUAGAUAAUGAGGGUAAAACGCCUCUACAUUACGCCGCGGCUUUGAGAGACGGGGGGAGUAUGUAUGAUCUUCUGGUGGAAUAUGGAGCCGAUGAAAGCAAACUUGACCAUAAACAAAAAGCGGCAGGCUUCUACAGAAACCGUCCAGGAGACAUCGACGUCUCGAAUUUAGUGGUAAUUCCAGAUGCGCCGCGAACAUCAGGGACUGAUUACCCCAAGAACUGGGACUGGAGAAUCCUAGAAUCCCAGGGUACAAUGCGUUCAAAGAAACGAAGCAGCAGUGACAGCGCGAUUGGAAGCGCAGAAAGCGCAACCAAAAGUGAAGAAAACUCGGAAAUGAUUGAGGAGGGCGAGGAAGCUGAUGAACCACCAACUGAAGAUGAUCCUGACGAAGCUGAAGCUGAACCUGAAGAACAAGAAGAAGAAGAAGAAGAAGAAGCAGAGCCAGAAGCUGAAGAAGAGGAAGAACCAGAACCUGAACCUGAACCUGAACCUGAAGAGGCGGAAGAAGAACCAGAACCAGAACCUGAACCAGAAGCUGAAGAAAACGAAGAAGAAAAAAAUGAACCAAGCACUGGGGAUUCAGGUGUUGAGGAAAUACCCCCCGACGAAGAUCAGGUUAUCGUUGGCGAGCAUGAAGAACUGCCUGAAGUGGAGCUUAACGACGCGGGCAUGCCCGAAGAUCCAGAAGUUGAAGAUCUCCUGGUGAACGGAAAUAUGGAGCAAUUGGCGUCCUUGGUGCUCAAUGGUGAGGGGAGUCGGCUUCUUGGCAGGCAAUCGGGAAAUCCGGAUCUUCAGGCUUUUAUUGACAAUGUUCCUUCUUAUAUUGGAAAAAUUCACGCGGUUCACAUUGCAGCCAAAGAAGGCAAUUUGAGAGAUCUUCAAAAUGCCUUGGAUAGACGCAAAUUUGCUAUUGCGAGGGACAAUGCUUCGCCUCAUGGUGCUACCGCUCUUCAUGUCGCGAUUGUUUUUGGACACACUGCUAUCAUAAGAUACCUAGCAGGAAGAUUCCCAGAAACUGCUCACGCAGUAGAUGUAGAUGGACGAACUCCUUUGCAUUACGCAGCGACUUUAGCAGAUAAUGGGCACUAUUACAACCUACUCCUCCAUUUGGGCGCCAAUCCUCUCACCAGAGACAACUUUGAGCAAAAGGCCGAAUACUACCGGACCAACCAAGAAGACCUAUCGCACAAACGGCUCUUACGGGACUUUGGCGCCCGCGAAGAACUUGCCGAUGAGAUGCUUUCCGACAAAGUUGCGGGCGGCGACGUAUACUCCUCACGACGCGACAUUAACGAAGCAGACACCCUGACAAUGUUGGAGCGGUGCUUCCGUCUGCUAGUGAACAAUCGGAGGAACUCGAUCCCGAACACUCCGGCAGCAAAUGCGGGUACAAUGCUAGGCCGUUGUAUGAAACGCCCAAUAUUUGACAAAAUAAAGCACCGUGUGACUCGCAUGGACCACAAUCUGUUUGACGUAAUAUGGCCGUCUUUGCAGAAAUACCAAACGCUUAAUAACAGCAACUAUAACCACUAUUCCCAGAGCAGCCAAGCAUCUAGCGCCCUUAGCAGCAGAUCCAUGGCGGACAUCGACAGCGACUUGGACAUGGUCGUCGUCGCUCCAGAUUUCGAGAGCUACUACGUUUUUGCAGAGCUCCUGGACCCGCUGAUCAGGAACCUCCACUGUGUAACGACUACAGGAGAGCUUCCUGAUCAGCCUGACCCUAGUUUCUUCUCCGAGGAUUCGGAGGUUGAUGAGAACGCUAAUAUCAGCGAAAAUAUCUCGACUAUCACUGGAUUCGACAUUGAUCCUAGUGGGAAGUAUAUUUCUGCUGGAACUGUCGACGCCUGCAGGAAUCUCGAAGCUUUCUCGCUCCCUUUGACGCUGACCAUCAACCAGCUGGAAGAAACUGAGAAGCAGAUCACUGGGGUGCUGAUCAGCGCAGAAGUUUCCUUGGUGAUGGCUGAAGGCAGCAGUGAGGAUGAAGGAGGAAUUUACUACACUUUAAACGAGGUCCUAGAGCGGCCUAGUGACAUCAGAAUGCGGCUGGCUGCUGCAGGACUUCUCGUUCCGAUCAAUGAAACUGAGGCCAGUGAUGAAAAACGGAUGCAUGGACGACACUGGCCGUACGGUCGAGGUGUCUACGUUGCCAGCGCUGGAGACCUAGCUGUCUGGGUUAAUGUUCAGGAUCACAUCAGGAUUAUCGCUUGCACUUCUGAGAACAAGCCGGGACAAAUUGGCAAGGCCUAUGUUAGAAUUGCUAAAGUCUUGACGAUUCUUGAUAAGAAGCUCAGGUUCAAGAAGGACAAGAAAUUGGGGUUCCUCAGCGCCAGACCUUCUGCGGUCGGCAAUACGCUCAAGUUUAGUGUUAUUAUUAAAUUGCAAGGCUUGUCGAGGAAAAUGGAUCACUUGAAGGAACUCUGCAUUGUUCGUGGUCUCAAAGCUAUGGAAACCAUGCGCAGCGACACCUUCCGGAUCAGCAACCAACAAAGUUUGAGUAUCACUGAAUUGCAGACCUUACAGGACUUUAUUAAUGCCGUUGUCAGUAUUAUUAGUUUGGAAAAGGAAAUGAUUUUUAAUAAUUCGAUGAACAUUGCGUCGCUUAUUGUUAAUAUGUUCAGGAAGAAAAGCUCCGCGCGGAAAUUUAGGAAUAGCGGUGAUGAUUUUCCAAUAUUUCGUAAAGAAGACGGACGUUAUUUAGCUUCCUCGUUGGGUACACCGUUAAUUAAAGGAUUGACUGAAGUAGUUCACAAGCGUCCCAAAAAUCCAGUCACUUACUUGGCGACAUAUUUGAAUAAUUUUGCAACUCAUGCAAAUGGAAACGAGUAUUCUUCUCCGAAAAGUGAUCUAUUGAUAAUAUCUUCUGAAGAAACAACUGAAGAAUAUGACCUGAACAGCGGUAAUUUAGAUGAUGGAUAUCCUAAAAGUCCAGAGUCUUCAAUAUUGCCGGAGUCUGCAUUCAUGGAGACUUCUAGAGAUGAGCAUGGUCAAAGUUUGAUCCACUACUCUGCAGUGAGAACUCACCCCAAAAACGGUUUCUUCCAUCUUUUGCAAGAGCGACAAAUAAAUAUUGCACUGAGAGAUGAGUUGUAUCGCACCGCUCGAGAUGUCGCUGAAGAAGCUAAUUUUUAUGACAAUAUUGAAGAAAUAGAUCGGUUUGUUGUCUAUUUAUCGGCGCGAGGAGAGACGGAUAAAUUAGUGGAACUAUUACUCGAAGGAUACGAUCAUAUUCUAGACACUGAAGAUGAUGGGGUUAAUAUUCUAGAUAUUACUGCUGAGCGAAAUAAGCAAUCUACUGUUCAAUUUUUGCAGACUAUUGAAAAUUAUGUCACACAAAGAGAUGAAUUGCAUCGAGUUAUACGAGGUGGAGAUUUGGAGUCGACGCAGAAGAUAUUUCAGAAAAACGGCGGGGGCUCGACUUUAUUCGCUAUUGGUAAAAAUACACUGGGAAGGUGUUCUUUGCAUAUCGCAGUACUAGGAGAACAUGUCGACAUCGUUCGAUACAUCGCUGAAAAUUAUCCUGAGACGCUUCGCAUCGGGGAUAAUAUGGAAAGAACAGCGCUGCAUUAUGCAAUGGGUGUAUCUUCUGUCGAAAUAUUAACAAGUAUUUUGAUAAAAUGUGGUGCAAAACGUAUACAAAAAGACAUUAAAUCACGUCAACCAUCUUACUACUUCAUGGACAAAACAGACAUUCAAAGAUUGCAGGACGAAGAACAAACGAUGCCCAAAUAA